AUGGAAAUAAGUCUCUCUACGUUUAUCUCUACUCCGGACCUAGCUCCCACCAUCGUCAAAGUGUUGGCCAGCUUCAAGGUUUACACAAUCGAGGUAUUAAGGGACAUCUACGAGGAUAGCGAUGCCAGAAAUGCCAUUGGCGACAAGUGCGCUAAAGAGCUAGUUGGGGAAGUGAGGGCUGAUAGCGGGGAAGCAGUAUCUGAGGACCCCCCGGAUACUGCUAAGCAGUCCGAUGCUACAGUGGGUAAAAGUUCUGCGGUGAGCAGUGUUGGAACCUCCAGCGGGGGCGGUACUUCUGGAUAUGAUCAAAUGACGUAUCAAAUUAUCAAAGCUAGAGUCGUUGGAGCUCUGAAAAGGGUCACGAAGAGCGGAGGUAACGACAAGACUGCUGGCUCCGAAGACACUAUCCAAGUCAUGAACUCGAAGGCUCUGUCUAUGUUUGGGGUUAUACCUUCCGAAGCAGUUACAUUACUACCGCAGAUAGCUGAGAAGAUUGACAAGGACCCCCUUGGUUAUAUACAACUCCGUACUUAUAAGGAGGGCGAAACGGGAAAACCUAAGUUGGUGGCGGGCCUCAACAACGAGUCGGUGUGGAUCAAGAACUUACCCAAGGGUCUACCUAUAGUGUCUAUGGAACACUGGAUACCGGCAAUUUGUAGCUGGGGUGUUACAGUCUGCAUCGUGGUGGGUGAAAAUCCAGUGUGUGUCCUGGAAUACGUUAGUAGAGUCUCAUGGUUGGCUACUCAAGUCGGUGUCAGUGCUGCACUUAAAUAUGACAAUUUGUAUAGGAUGCAGCUAAAGGUUAAUGUACAUAGGUUACAAGCUAUGGAUAAGAAGAAGACUUUGGGCAAAGCCUUAGCUGAGUGCCUGAGAGUUAACCAAUCUAAUGACUUGAUCAUUCAAGCCUAUGGCAAUGGCAAUCUCCGGGUCUCUAACACGACCCGAUCCAGUAUGGGAGGUGGUGGCGGUCGUGAUCAUGGCUCAGUCAACUCUGAUCGGACUGUCUGGCCAGGUGUAUGUAAAUACAGCAAAAAGGAUUGCCCUUUUCCUGCUUGCAAAUAUUCUGUCCAUAGCGAUGAGGUACCCGUCCAGAGAAGGGUGGGUAAAGGUUCCCAAGGUAAGGGUGCGGGCAAGGGGCAGCCGUGGUAUAAUUCUCGUCUAAGCGGAGACGGCAAGCGCAAUUUCCCGGUUGAAGGAGCGAACACCAACAACAAUAAGUUGGCCAGAACUAGUAAUUGA